CCUCAGGCGUUCCCGCCCAGCCGCGCCCGCACGUGACCCGGCGGCGGCGCCACGUGACCCCCCUCGGCGCACGUGACCCGGCGCCAUGGCCGCCAGCCGGUACCGGCGCUUCCUGCGGCUCUGCGAGGAAUGGCCGGUGGAGGAGACCAAGCAGCAGCGGGACCUGGGUUCCUUCCUGCGGCAGAAGGUGGCGCAGGCCUUCCGCGAGGGCGAGAACACUCCGAUCCCUGACCCCGAGGCCUGUGACCAAAUGUACGAGAGCUUGGUCAGGAUCCACACCAACUUCUACAAAAACAAGUACCCACGCCUGAAGGACACCACCUUCACCGGGGUGACAGUGGAGGAUUGCAGGACAAUCCUGGCCACAGACAUUCUGAGACAGAUGGAAGACAGGAAAAAAGGGACGUGGAAAAGACUGCGGGAAAAGUUCUCUGCCAAGAAACCCGAGGAGGGUUGAAGUGAGGGCCCAGCUCUCAGCUUCUCCACUGUACAUAUCCCUGAAGCUCUGUGUGUUGCCAUGAUGAAUAAAACCACUUAUUCCUCUUA